GGGGAGCAACAAGUCCGACGACGGCGGGGAGGAGAGCGGGUAGGCGGAGGAGAAGGAGGGGGAACACACACACACACACACACGCUUCCCGCCCCGCGCCUGAAAACCUCUCUGACAAGUGGCAAACCGCUAGCAGAGCACGCUGCUCCCUCCGAAGGGCGGGUGGAAGCCGUGGGGGCUCGCCCCGCGUCCAGCCCUGCUGCCGGCUUUUGGAUCCUCAACCCCUUCCCAUCACCUCCCUCCCUGCCGCCCCUGCUGUGGGGCUGAGUGGAGACCCGCUGCCGGGCGGCUUGCGGUGCGGGCUGCCGCCUCGCCUUGAAAGUGUGCGAGCCGGUUGAGGGCUUUCCUUCUACUUAACGCUAUUUUUUUUUAAAUUAUUAUCAUUUUGUCUUUUUCGCUAUUUAUUUUUCUCGUACUUUACUGUUAUUGUUUUUUGUUGCCGCUGUUUGUAAACUAAUUGCCUCCAUGGGGGGCGGAGGAAAGGAAAUCAGAGCUGCCGCAGCUGAAGGGUGUAAAGGCGCGCUGGUGAAGAGCCGCGGAGCCGCAGGACGGGAUGGCAGCGGGCAGCGCGGCCGUGGCAGGGACUGCUGCCCGCGAUGGGCCGGGCCGUGCGGCUCGGCGCUGGCGGCUCUCCUCUCCGCGCUGGCCGCCGCCUCCUGCGUCUACCUGGGGGUGCGGACCAGCGACCUCCAGGCCAGGGUCGCGGCUAUCGAGGGCGCCCGAGGGGGCUUCUCUACUGCCGCCCCGCUCCCGCUGCUGCCCGGCUUUUCCCUGGAGCAGCUGAACGCGAUGAUGCAGGAGAAAGUGGAGCGGCUUCUCGCCCAGAAAUCCUACGAGCACUUGGCAAAAAUACGAGUAGCGAGAGAAGCGCCUCCAGAGUGCAACUGCCCACCAGGUCCUCCAGGGAAAAGAGGUAAGCGGGGCAGAAGAGGAGAGACUGGACCUCCUGGUCAACCUGGUCCUCAAGGCCCUCCUGGUCCAAAAGGCGAGAAGGGAGAUCAAGGUGAUCAGGGCCCUCGGGGUCUGCCAGGCUUCCCCACAGUUGCUGCUCUGCACAGUAAUCAGAUCCUCACCGUCAAGGGGGACCAAGGACAAGCUGGACCCCCUGGACCUCCAGGGCCACCAGGACCCAGAGGGCCACCAGGAGAUACCGGCAAAGAUGGUCCUCGUGGGAUGCCUGGCUUACCGGGUGAGCCAGGAAAACCGGGAGAACAAGGAUUAAUAGGACCUCAGGGGCCUCCAGGACAAAAGGGUUCUGUCGGAGUGCCUGGUGUUCCAGGGAGAGACGGACAAGUGGGUGAACCUGGUUUGCCUGGCAUAACAGGAGAGAAGGGAGCAGCAGGGCUUAAGGGUGACCCUGGAGAAAGAGGAGAAAAGGGUGAUGCUGGAGAAAAUGGACAGAAGGGUGACACAGGAGAAAAGGGUGACCCUGGUUCUUCUGCUGCAGGAAUUAAGGGUGAACCUGGUGAAUCUGGACGGCCUGGACAAAAGGGUGAACCAGGUCUUCCUGGGCUUCCUGGACUCCCUGGGAUAAAGGGUGAACCAGGUUUCAUUGGUCCUCAAGGAGAACCUGGGUUGCCAGGGCUACCAGGAACAAAGGGUGACAGAGGAGAGGCUGGUCCUGUUGGGAGGGGUGAGCGAGGUGAACCUGGAGUUCCUGGACCAAAGGGUGAUACAGGUGACAGAGGUGACACAGGAUCUACAGGUCCACGGGGACCACCUGGACAGAAAGGCGAUCAAGGUGCAACAGAGAUAAUUGAUUAUAAUGGCAAUAUCCAUGAAGCUCUGCAGAGGAUCGCCACCCUGACUGUCACGGGGCCACCAGGACCACCAGGACCCCAAGGGCUACAAGGGCCAAAGGGUGAACCAGGAUCCCCAGGAACUCCAGGAGUUGAUGGCGAGCAGGGUCCUAAAGGCUCAAAAGGCGAUACAGGUGAUCCUGGAAUAUCUGGAGAAAAGGGAGGAAUUGGACUUCCUGGCCUGCCAGGAGCCAAUGGUAUGAAGGGCGAAAAAGGAGAUGUUGGUUUGCCUGGUGCCCAAGGUCCUUCGAUGAUAGGACCACCGGGACCACCAGGUCCACAUGGUCCUCCAGGCCCUAUGGGACCUCAUGGACUGCCUGGCCCAAAGGGUGAACCAGGGUUAAAUGGUCUUAAAGGAUUGAAGGGUGAACCAGGUCAAAAGGGUGACAGAGGGCCCCUUGGUCUUCCAGGAGCAUCUGGCUUAGACGGAAAGCCAGGACCCCGGGGUGUAGAUGGCCCAGUUGGUCCCCAUGGCCCUGCAGGUCCUAAAGGAGAGAGAGGUGAAAAGGGAACCAUUGGUGACCCUGGACCCAGAGGACCAUAUGGCUUGCCUGGUAAAGAUGGAGAGCCUGGCAUUGAUGGUUUCCCUGGUCCUCGAGGAGAAAAGGGUGAUAUAGGAGAAAAGGGAGAAAAGGGAUUCCGUGGAAUUAAGGGGGAAAAAGGGGAGCCAGGCCAGCCUGGCCUGGAUGGGCUGGAUGCCCCUUGCCAAUUGGGUCCCGAUGGAUUACCAAUGCCUGGCUGUUGGCAAAAGUGAUGAAUCUAACCAUACAAGCAUGAAGUUGUGUAUAUAGUGCUCCACUUUUUGUAUUUAUAGUUGAAAACUGAAAAUUUGAUUUUACAAGUCUGAGAUAUGUUUACAUGUAGCUGCUUUUACUUGUUUGCAAUAGUCCGUGUGUACAUCUGGUUUUCACUGACAUCUGCAGUUAGAUGGUAUAUAACUGCAGGGUAAACCUGCAAAAAUUCUCUCUUUCAUUAGAGAGAGAUCUCAGUACAACGAUCAAUAAUAGAAAUCUGAUUAUUUCUGUAAAUUCUUAUAUUUUGGCUUGUGGACCUGCAUGGACAAUGAGUGCCAUGAACUAGUUUACAAGAAAUUGUGACCAAAUAAGAGCAAAAUGCUACGAAAUGUACUGUACCAGCUGCCGUUGAAGUUUACUGACUUGGCUUCCAUGUCCAUCUUAAACACCACUGAUUCAUGCCACCAUAUCUGCUUGUACAGACUAAAAGCAUGAGUUUGUGUGCCAAACCUGCUUGUUGUGUGAUCACGUCAUGCGCUAAAUGGCUGCUCACGGUGACCUUUGAUUCCAGCAUCUGAAUCAUUUCGUUUUGUCAUCCCAAGGGAGUCACACCAUGGCUUAUUGCUAAAAAGAGAUAAACCAGAGGAGGAUAGAAAGAGGCCUUGAAUUUUUGGAGAAUAGAGUUCCAGCUGCAGGUGGAUGGCUUCCAGUCUUGCGGGUUACUUGGCCCCUUUGGUCAAAGAGAGUCCUGCCUGUUAACCAGCAUCAGUUUGCCUUGCACUGCUCACGGUCGUGAAGACAUACACGAUAGGCCCUGUCGAGUCCUUACUCAAGAAGGAAAGAAGUUUGAAGAAGAAACCAGACUUCUCUGUGGGUUGUUUGAAAAGGUUACAGAGGUGCUGCAGGGAUCGUUUCUCCAUGGCAGACACCACCUGAGGCCAGAAGCUUCUCAACCUUACUCAAGGAUGGACAGAGUAUGUGCUCUGUAUAUUGUAUUUUGGGACUGCUGGAGGAAAUAGCACUCUUGAGGCAAGGAUACAUGGGAACAUCCUCCAGAGGGGGAGGAUAAUGGAACUGACCAGAGACAUAUGUACCAUGGUGUGGUUUUCAGGUGAUUCAGUUUAAAUUACACUAAAUUUCUCUGCAGAAUUUUGGAAGCUAUAGUUAAUUUUGGUUCCUUUUCCCGUAACUGUUGCCAUAAAGGAUGCAUUUCAAUAAUCUGUUCAACAUUUGUGAUGCUGGCAUUGAAGAAAAUAUUUCAAGCCAGACAUGCAUCUUCUUUCAGUAUUAACAGUUUUUAUUUUAGACUCUUUGAAGCCUUUAAGUCUAAAAAAGAAGAGUUUAUUUUUGUGUUUCACAAAUUGAUUUAUCCAUCUUGUUCUUUUUCUGCUGUUACAGUGACCUUAGUGGACAUUAUUAGUCAAAAAACAUUGGAGAAACAAGUCUGUGUGAUUGCCAUUGCACACUUGUCAUCGCACUACAUUGUUAAAAGUGUCAAUAUUUCUCCAUUUCUGUUCAGAUGACUAGCUUUCUAGGGAAACAUGGGCAAAAUUUUGCUUCUCCACUUUUUUUAUUAUUAGAAAUACUGAAUUUGUGCACAUUUGUAGUUUUUGCCACAAGAUAUUUUUUCCAAUUUUGAGUCUUCAUAUGGUGCGCUGUAGUUAGUUUGAGAGGCUAGGUUAUGAGAAAUGGUGCCAUAUUUGGCACAUGGAAGUUCUUUUUAUAGCACUUCCAUUCCUAGCAUAUAGCAGGAUGAUCACAAACUUUUUUAGUUACUUUUCUGAGAGUUGUUUUUCAUACGUAGACCAAAACUAAAGAUGAAGAAGACAGUCUGUGUCCUCCCAUGUGUGGGCACCUUACCCUUCUUGGAAUGCAUGUUUUUGCUUACUCCAUCAUUUCUAAAUCAUGUGAAGAUGGAGACCUGGUGUGGUUGCGCUUUUCAUAUUGAUUCACAAUCUCAGAUCAAUAGAAAUGUCACUAUAAUGCAAUCUUUCACUUUGCUAAAUCUUUAUUGUCAUUUUGUUGUAUUAGGGAAAAAAGAGUUUUUCAAGAGGGGAAAUAGUCCACAGAUUUUUAAAACUAAAAAUUAAUUUAGUGGCCUCUAUCUGGUAGUACCUUACUAAUAAAAACAAAGUUCCAACACUAUAUAGAUGUAUAUAUACUGGAUAUAUAUAUAUUUACUGCUUAAAUCCAUCUUUCCAAUACUAAGAAAUAAACAAGUGUUCACAGAUAUGAGGGAAAAUGUUUUUAUUUGCUCACAUUUUCAGAGAUGCAAGUAUUGACCUGUUUGAAUAACCAUGACUACAAUAGUAAAAGCCUUCACAUGGCAUAGACUGAAUAUAAGGUGUUAAUAAUUAGAGUGCUACAGCAGUAAUGUCAAUGAGGAACCUUCCAGAAAGGGCACAAGAGGAGAACCAUGUAAGCCCUCGAACUUGCCAGUUUUAGUCUGCUUGUUUAAGAAGUACUAUCCCAAAAUCCAACAGACUGAGGAGCAAGCUACCUGCCAAACAAAAAAGAGUUUCUUAUGCCUAUAUCCUGACUUGGUACAUUUGGCUAGGUAUAUUAUAUAUGUGAAGACUAUUUUUAUAAAGUAGCAAAUACUGGCAAUCAUACAGUAAGAUGAAAUAUUUUUUAAAUAUCCCUCAGAGCAUUCAAGUGCUAAAUCAAGUAGGAUGUUUCUUACCUAGCUAGAUGUUUUAGCAGUUCCAUAUCAAGAUUGUCCAAAAACACAACUCAUUUAAGAAAGAGCAACAAGAUAAAGAGCUAUUAAAUGCACUCUCAUAUUUUUUACAUUUGUAUAUCUAUAUUUUUAAACUGUCCUCAUUGCAUCUGUUUCUGUAUGCAUCAAUAAAGUUAGCAGAACCUUGAUUCGUUUCCUCAUUCAGAAAAUAUUUAUAGAUAUUGCUGCUAAGCAUUAGUUAAAACUCAAUUCUCCUUUAACUCCCUGACACUGAGACCCUGCUGAAGAAACACUUCAGGACCUUUACUCUCUUUUUUGCCUUGUAAAGUAAUUUCUUUAUUUAAUUCCCACCAGGUAGGAAUAGUUUUUUCCUCCCCCAAAUAAUCUAGCUUAUCUUUUUUAAGCUUCUGUAUUGUUCAAUAUCAUGAAAGGCUCAUUCCAUUUAAAUGGAAUGGGUGAACAGCAGAUAAACAAUUUAAUUUGACAGGCUAAACUACAUACAUAGAUUUGACAUUAAUAUUUGCAUCUCAAAUAUUGACUUGAAACCUAACAGUUUGUAGAUAAGUUGCAUGUUCAGGACAAGGGAAAAAAAAUGCAUUGUGCUUAAUAUUUCGUCAAGAAAAGCACCCUGUGAAGACUUGCAACAUGUUUAUUUUGUUUAAAAAGCAACUAUUUUUGGUGCUAGUAUAUAUUUUUUCUUUCGAUGGCAAAGCUACAGUUUGAACCGCCUGUGUGUUGUACCUUUUAGUAGCAUUCCUCCAGAUAGAUAUGAUUUGUUUUGUUUAGUUUGUGACAGGAACCGUAGUUCCUCUACCAGUCUUUUCAGUUGUAGAAAUCUGUAGUGGUAUUGGUCUACACAGUUUCUAUACCUCUGACUUUUUCAGGUAUAAUUAAUUCUUGUUCUUUUGAGAGUUUUCAGUAUUUGUUUCACACUGGGUUUUGUAAUCAUCUCUUACUCCAGUGUAUUAUAACCACAUUGUGCAGAAGUCCUGCUACAGAAGCAGCAAGUCUUUGACGCACUGUAUGGAAUAUGUCUGACAUACAUGGUCCUUGUCUUCAUAUUCAUAGACUAGCUAUGAUGAACCUUUCUUUCAGGAUGCUUUGGACACCUUUGUAUUUUUUCCUGAGGUAAAGCACGAAACGUUAAUUCAUGGAACAAUGUCUUUUUUUUGAUUUAUAUUUUUAUUUAUUGCUGAAUUUGAUGUCACGUUCUGAUAGUGUAGCAAGGCAGAAUGGCACUCUUCAUCCAGCUGUUUAUAUAUGUAUUUUUAGUCUAUCAUGUAAGUUGUAUGAAUGAGUUUCAGAAUGAUCAAAUCCAUAUACCUGCACAUGUGUAAAGUAUAGAGUUUUAAAAGGGAUAAUUCUUAAGAUUAAUGUACAGUGUGCAAAGUUAGCAUUGGCUCCACUGAGCAUUAAGCUCAUGGAAGAGUGCAUGUGAGCAUCAGUUACUCUGUUAAGCCAGUGGAAGAGACAAUGCAAUCACAAAUGAGAUGAGCAGAGCUUUGAUCCUUGUGGCCAGGUGGUGCUGCAUAGGACUGGGUGCCAUGUCAGAAGAUGUGGUUUGGAUCCUGGAUCCCUGGGUUCAGCCAUUUAAGGCUCUUCACUUGGCUGUACCUCCCCUUCCCCAGCAGUGAAGCGGGAAAGGUGAUGCAUCCUUCCCUUGCAAAGCAAUUUGACAUGCAGAAGGAAGGACCCAGGUAUUGUUGCUUAGUAACAAGGGGAAUAUCAUCAACUUUAACAGUGAGGUUUGAUUGAAUCAGGACCAUUUCAGUGAGUAAAAACUGCAGAGAUACUCCCAGUCUAUUGAAUGUGAUGAAGAUGUUCAAGGUAUGCAGCAGUUGACCUUUCCUUUCAAAUUUUCUCAUCACUGUUGCUUGAACAUCUUAAAUUACAUUUUUAAAUCUCUAUAUUUUACCUGAUGAGACACAUGAAUUUUCACACUGAAGAGUUACACAAACCACUAAUAACUGCAAAGAUAGUGGUCAAAAGAAAGCCUAAUUUUUGGUCAUUGCAAAAAAAAAAAAAAAAAAAAAAAAUUUGAUUUCAGUGACCAGAAUUAAAACUAACAACUGAUUUUUAUUUUUUUUUUUUUCCUUUCUGCAACUUCCUUUUAUGGAUCUGAAUGUUGCUAUAAUGUACAAAUGAAGAUUUUCUUGCACCCUCUGUACUGAAGUAUUUUACAUGGUGGUUGGAUUCAUUAAAUGCUGUUAGAUACAAGUGCCUGCCACCAUCAUUACUGACAGAAUUUCAGAAAGAUACUCUGCAGAACAAGUGGGGUUUGUAUUUAAAAAAAAGGGAUUUGGAGUGUUGUUUUUGUUUAAUUUUGUUUUUAAAUGCAUCCAAUUAUUAAUGCUGCUUGGAGAUCUAAUUUACUUUGGAAAACAGGGGGCCUUAACUUAACCUGGGACCGUUAGCGUUUUACUUGUUUCUAUUUAAAAAAAGAAAUUGUAUGAAUUUCCCAAAUACCAUUGGUACUUGCACACUUCUCUGAAGUAUUAUGAAGAGUUGGGUUGGUGGAAGAAUGUUUUACAUAUUGUUAACAUAUAUGUGGAUAUUCUUAUAUUAUUGUACAUGUUUGGGAAAAUAUCACACAACUUUAAAAAUGUUACUAAGAUGUAUGUAUCUGACUUUUUCCUUUGGAAAAUAUUAUAUAUUUUUAUUUGUAUUUUUUACUUUUUUAAGUUCAUCUAUAUGUGCCGUUAUUUUUGUAUUGCAAAUGGUCUCAUAAGCGCAGUAGAAGAGAUAAAAAUACAAAGAAAAGUAAUUUGGUAAGGAUUACAAUGCUUGGGGGGAAAAACACAAGGAUCAGUAUUAUAAUAUCAAUACUAGAAAUAUUUUGAGUGUCUUAGCACUGUAAAUAUGUCACGAGACCUCUUUUGACAGCUAGUGUAAAGAAUUACAAGGUUUUAAUCACCCAUUUUAAUUUGUUAUUAAUUACCACUUUCCUGUGGCCUCUGGUCUUGACUUAAUUGAACCUGAUCAAACAGCAUGCUUUUUUGGUUUUAUUAUUAAAAUUUCUCCUUGUUUUUUGAUUGAAUAUUGUUUCAUUUUCUUUCAGUUUUGUACUUCAGAUUUUGGUUCUUGCUUGUGAGAAGUUGAUCUUCAGAAUUAUUUUUACACUAUUUAUGAUUUAUUUUCAUAAUGUAAAAAGUGUGUAAUUAUUAAAAUAUUAAUCCAA